AUGCCGCUACGCACAGCAGCGGAAGUAGAUAAAAUUGGUGAAAUAAAUGACAAAAUCGCCGAAUUAAAGAAGCGCAUACUGCUAGCAGAGGGUCAAAAGACAGCCAAUGCCGCCGAAUGGCAGAAGCAAAAUCGCAUAAACCGUGAAACUAUCACAACGCUGAAGAAGGAAAUCAAAGAGCUGACACACAAAUGCGGCCAACUGCGCAAUCCACUGCAGCGCGCCGUGGUCAUCAAAGAGGAGCCGGCCACAACGCAGGAGGUGCGAAAGAAGGCGAGUAGCGCCACGACAACUGCGAUUGCGGUGGGCAAAAUGAGUUACCCGAUUGGUGCACGAAGCAUCGACGAUGCCAUCUUUCUGACCGACUUGAAACUCACCGAACAACGCAAGCAACUGGAUCUGCUGCGACAUCGCUUCAGAUGUCGCAAGGAACGCUUGGCAAAGCUCGUGCAACAAUAUCGCGGGCUGAAUGCGGCAAAAACAGCGCAGGCACAGAAUUUGGGCGAGAAGCCGCCAGAAACGUUGGAGGAGGACGCCAAUAGAAAGUUGGUUUGUCAGCUGGAGAACGAGAUACAUCGCACCAAUGUUCAGUGGAUGGAAGCCGAGCACAUACGCAAGAAAUAUCGCUCCAUUGAGGCUUCGCUGAUGAACGAUGCUGAGCGCUUUGAACGUAGCUUACGUGAGUUGGAGGCAGCGCUGAAGGAGCAGCAGGCAGAGAUUGACAGGUUGCAGCAAGUGCACAACGAGGCCAUUACAAUGCGCGACGCUGCCAAAGCUAUACUACAACGCCAGGAGCAGCAAGCGCAUCUGUCACAAAAGACGCGUGAGCGGCAAGCGCUCGACUUCCGUAAGCAGGUUGAAGCACGCAAGAUGGAGUUGGAGCGCAUCGGACGUAAACUCUUCGUUGAGAACAAAACGCUGGUACAUCAAGACAGUCUCGGUUCGAACUCCGGUGAUCAGCUUACUGCAAAAACUGAGACCGAGAUAGAUGAGAAUACGCAGUUACAAAACUUGACUGGCGAAAUGGAGAAUCUCUUCAAACAACUAAUGGAAGUAAGUGGUGCCACGACCCCUGCUGAAGUCUAUGAUCGCUUUUGCUCGCAAAAAGAAUCCGCUUCCCGCUUGUCUUACUUGCGUAAUGCGGCAGAGAAAGAGAAAGCUCAACUGGAAGCGCAGAGAGAGCAAUUAACACUCUCACUGGAGGCAAUGAAGUUCUCCGAUGGCAAAGAGAGUGAAGUCAACCAAGAAGUCAUCGAGCAAAUCAAAUUAAAAAUUUCCGAAUUAGACGCUGAACGUCAGAAGAACUCGGAAGCCUCUGAGCAUACGCUCACGGUUUUGCAGUUUAUCAAAGAGCAUUUAAGCGAAAUGAUAUUCAAGUUGCAAGAAGUCGAUGAGAGUCAUAUUAAUUUGAAACCGAAGGGCCUUUAUAUACAUGUAGAAACUUUACCGAACUUCUUGGCGAACGAAGCAGCAGAUGAUGACUUCAUAGAGAUUUUGAAAUUCAAACUACAACGUUGCCAAGAGAUAAGUAAACCAUCGGACAUUGGCCCACCAGAAGUGCCGAGAUUGGAGCUUGAGAGCGAUGAAGUUUACCCACCGUCUGAGGCGCCUAAGUCACCCACCGUCGCCGAGGGUGAGAAGCCACAACCAAUGCCACUUUGCUAUUACAAUCUGCUCGCCGGACGCGCUCAACGCACAACUGGCACAUCCUCUUCUUCGCCCGAACAAGCACCGGCCGCAGCUGCUGCGCCCGACGAGGAGAGUGAGGUGCCGACACGUCAAUACCUGAAACGCCAGUCAGUGCUGCUUGUGGAUACCAAGUCGAGACGCAAACCCUUCCGACCAACGCCAGCGACGCGCGGCAGGAAGUAA